AUGGAACUUACUGAGCUAUUGGAUUUGGAAUUCCAUGUAGAGACAUUGGAAGAUGAAAUCGUAUCCAGCGAGAGAAUUACUGUGCAUAGAUUGAGAGUGAAUUCAACUGCUGUUAUUGUCAGUUUGAAAAGAGCUGAGAACAACACAGAGAGAGACUGCGGAGCUUUGUGGCUGAAGCUCUGUUCCUCUGCCUGGCAUCUGGUUUUGUGGAACCCAUCAACCGGAGACUCCAAGACUUUGCCAGAUUACUAUGAUGUUAUACCAGUUCCAGCCAUGUGGAAUUGUAUUGGUGGUCUUGGUUAUGACCCAUCCCCUGAUGAUUACAAAGUGUUUCUAAGUAAUAAUUCACUGUUUGCGAUCUUUUCACUGAGAAAAAAUUCGUGGAGAAGGAUGCAAUUAAGUUACGGGCCUUGUGUCUAUACUAAUGGGAUUUACAGCAAUGGAGCUCUCCAUUGGAAGAAUUACGGCGAUGGUAGAAUCUUUGGUUUUGAUUUAGAGACAGAGACAUUCUAUCUAGUGCCAGGACCUGACCUUGUCGAUAACGAUGCGCUCCACUUCCAAAGAGGCACUUUAUUUGAAGUCGGUGGAGAAAGACUUGGCGUUGGUGGUUCUGAGUUCUGGAUGAUGAAGAAAUACGGCGUCAAGGAAUCUUGGACAAGGAUACGUAAUACACCCGAGUUUGAUGAAUGGCCUCGUAUCUGGAACUCCUUCAAAUGCCUUUCAGAAAACAAUGAUUUCAUAAUACUAGGUGGUCUACAGCAAGAAAUUAUAACGCAUAAUGCUAACGGUAUCGGCAGACAAAUCGAAAAUACUGUGAUUUGCACUGAUCCAAUUGCAAGUUGGUGUAGAGACUGGAAGGUUCGUGGUCAUCCGCAUCGACGUGAAGAAAUUGCAUAUACGGAGAGUCUGAUUUUACCUCAUCUCGCUCAUUAGCCUAUCAGGCACGGAACAAGAA